UUCUCUCUAGCAUUAGCGGAAAGACAACGGUGUAGUGUACUUUUCUAUUGAUUAAAACAUGGAGCAAACGUGUUGUUCAUACCAAUUGCAUAUUUUAUAGUGAACAACGUCUCAAAAAUGUAACGAUUUAAUUAUUUUAUAAGCAAUCUCGAAAAUUUCAUUCUUAUUAACUCAUUACAUUUUCAAAAUUGGAACAUUGUCCAUUUUGAGUCACUUUCAAAAGGUUUUAUUUAAGAAAAUAAAAGAAACAAAAUUCAAAUCUGUGCUCUUUAAAGCAACCAAUUUAACGAUUAUUACUUUCCAAAACUGUUCAGUUUAAAAUGAUUUAAAAUAUACAAAAUUAAGCCAAUGGCUGAUAAAAUGUUUCUAAGAGUCUGUAAUUCAUAUUUGAUCACUCCUAGACCUUUUGGAAAAAAAGAAAGCUCGGUGAUAUGACAGAGGUUUUAAAAAGACACACCGUCAUUCUUCUGGCGAUAAUGACGAUUUCCGCCAGAAUAAAAUGAAAGACAAAAAUCAAAUUAAACAAAAAUGUUGCCACCGACUUCUGGCUAUACUUCGAUUACAUUUCCUUUCUUCAGAUUAUAGUUCACCAUUGUGAAGUUACAGUACUGUACGUAAUACAACUUACAUUGAAGUAGUAAAGAAAUGCACUCUGCUUAGCCCAUCAAAUUUUAACUGUGAUGUUUAUUUUGCGAAAUAUUUCAGUGGCCAUAUAAAAAAACAAAUAAAAUUCAAGGUGAUCCGUUAAAAAAUCAAGAGUUUUUUUUAAUUCGAAAAAACAUUUUUUGAUGGUCGUUUGUGACCACCCUGUAUAAUAUAUUUUCGCCAUAGAUAGGUCAAAGCAUUAAACAUUCAGUGGAAAAUUUUAGAUUUUAGUUUUGAAGUGUAAAAAACCACAUUUUUGCAAAGACCUGUUUUAUCGCAGAAAAUGCAUUUGCCGAGCGGAUAAUUAAAAUUUUCAAAAAUAUUCAUUUGACACAAAAAAUUCGGUUAUUAUGGCGCCACGGAACACUCUGUGCAUACAAAAAAAUAUAUAAAUAAAAUAUAUACAUAUGGUCAAACACUUUAAGUAUUUAAGUUUUUUCCUCAGAGUCGUACUUAUUGAGCUAAGGUAUAGGAGCAUGGUAAAUGGACGACUUUGUACAUGGGUCGCUGAUUUCGGUGAUCAUCCACAUCGCAGAUUCUGAAGCUGAGGACUGAGAGCGAUAUGGAUAAUCCCAUGGUAAAUAAAUAGACCUCACAAACAUCGAUGGAAAGAUUUCCGUGGAGGAUAUAAAAAUUACUAACGCGCAGAAAAGUACAUUAUCUGCUGGGGUCAAUAACCAAUUUUUUAAACUGGGCUUAAUAAUUAUAAUUAUAUUUUUAUUUCGUUAAAUUUGAAUAGAAAUAUAUAUGUAUGUAUAUUCUAUAACAAAAACUAACUAGUUCAAGUACUUUAGCUACAUUUUUUUCAACUAAUGGUCAAAUUUAAUAUCAUCUGCCGGUUGACACAAGUUUAAAUUUUAGUUUUGCCCUUCUUUUGGAUUUCUCCUGUGUCGGUUCUUUAUAAAUUGAACUUUCUGAUCUUCCGCAGAUCAUGGCUUCUUCAGAGCUUAACAGAAACUGUUUUGCAUUCUAUUUUAUAUCUGCUUAUACAUUGCUUGAGGGGGGCGGAGCUAUAGAAGGGGCAUGAGCCGCGGUCGAUUGUUUGGUUGCUUACAAGAAUUGAUUACAAGCAAGAAUUUUAAUUUUAUCAUGUCUGAGUUCGUGAUUGUGUUCGCCAACUGCUGAUAAGAUUAUUUUUCGUAGUCUUGAGGCUCUUUCAUGUUCUUUUAGCCCAAUUGAUAUUAUUCGUCUUGUUUCUCCAAUGUAUUCUUUAACACAAAUCUAUGGAAUUUUUUCUUUAACGGAUCGAAGAUGUUGAAAGAUUUUUUGAUAAGUGGUAAAUCUGGUUUUAACGUAACAUUUCUUAAGAACUUUUGAUAUGCAAUGAGUGAUGAUAUGAGUGUAAGGAAGGAUCAAAGUGGCAAGUGUGUGGUGUGUGAAGGUUGUGGUGAUGUGUAUUUUGCGAUGGAACGCUUAAUAUUAGUAAUGAUGUGUCAAUUAUUAGAUAAAAAGGCAGAUGUCGGGUGCCUUAAUUCAGGGGCCCAGUGAUUCGGCUGUAUAAACCUAUCCAAAAUUAUCGACUCACUGAACCGAGAAUUAUAACACCUCUGAUAAUAUCCACAAUAAAGAUGUUAACAGUUUCAUUAGAAAAUACACUUCACCACAACCUUACAAAGAAAAUCAGUCCAAAAACACCCCCACACUUGCCACUGUGACCCUUCCUUAGAUUGAAAACAUUACUGACCACAAAUCGAAAGUUAUUAAAUAUAAUGUUAAAACCAGAUUUACCACUUAUCGAGCAGUUUUCAGAGUUCCAUGCAUAUGCAGCAAAGAAUACAUUGGACAUAUGGGACCACCGGAACAAGGGAUAUACAUAUCAUCCAUUCGUUUUCUUAGAUUUUUUUCUCUAAUAUUUAUAAUUUUGUAACGUUGCUAUUGAAACCCAUUAAAAAUCCGUGCACUGACAAGGUCUGAUAAGUUUAGGGAUUGAACAUUUCAAAAACUUACAUUUUUUUAGUGCGAUUGCAACAAAAUAUAAUCAGCAUCCUUCUCUCUUCAUUAUCCUUUACAAAGAAUGUGGUGACAGCAUUCAUAUUUGAUUCAGUAGUUGAUUCCAUGCUUGCUUAUUUUUUGCAUUCCUUUCGGCAUCAUGCAGUCUUGUAUUUAUUAAGGGUUUUGUUUGAUCUACACAUCUAGUUGGGGAUCGCCUUCUGCUUUCUCUUCUAUGAGGAGCCGUGAUCGCGGACUAAUUUCUUGUAACACGGAUAUGUUGGUUCGAGGCUCUGACCAUGAGACUCGUAAGAGUCGUCUAUGAACCCACAUUUCGAAAGCCUUUAUUCGGUUUUUAUCUGAGUUUCGUUGCUUUAGUGAUAGAUUUGUUCUUCUAUAUUUUGUUUAGCUUGGUAGUCGCAGAUUUUGCUAUGAUCAGACUACGGCGUAUUUCGGUCUCAGAUUUCCCAGUGUUGGUAAUUAAGUAACUUAGACAGUUACAACUGUCUGUGGAGGAUUGUUGUCUUGUCUAUCAACAAUCGUUAUUUUCGUUUUUGGUUUAUUUAUUUUUAAUCCUAAUUUUUUGCACAUGAUUUCUGUUAUGGCCGGUAUAAUUGACGCUAUGAUCAUACAUAUUCCGUGUUGCAAUUCAUCUAGAACCUCUUUUAUGACGUAUUCCCUAUAAGUGUUAAAUAAGUUUGGUGAAAGAAUGCAGUCCUGUCGAAGUCGAUUCUGACUCUCGCGUUGUUUUUCUGGUAAAGGUUUCGGACUAGUUUGGGCAUUUCCAUUUGCUUCAUUGUGGUCCAAAGGUAGCUAGUUACCUACCAGUUUACUUGAUCAAACGCUUUUUGAUAGUCUACGAAGCAGAGAUAAUUGGAAUAAUAAUUUCUCUAGCCUUGAACAAAACCUGCUUAAUCCUCUGAAAACGGUGGUAAAAGAAAUGAUUUAGGAAGGUUAUGUAUGAUAUAUAGGAAGAUCUUACUGGCGUGAGAUUUUAGAGAUGCUGUUCUGUAGUUGUUGCACUCUAAGAGCGAACGUUUUUUGAAUAUUGGAAUAAACUGCGACUCUUCCUAGUCUGCCGGUCUCUGUAAUGUCUUUCAAAAAAGCUUACAGAUUUUGUGAAAUAUUUCUGUUUCUUCCUUGUCAAGAAAAUUUAAGACCUCUGCCGUUAUUUGAUCCGCACCUGGUGAUUUUUUGUUUCGGAGAAGUUUUAUGGCAUUUUCAACUUCCGUUCCUUGUAUAUCAGGCUCCUGGGGGGGGGGGGUGAUUAUUCUGUAAAGUUUUUUACAAUUUACUUUCCAAACUUAUGGUUCUCUACAGCCACCUAAGAUGUGUUCAUUAUUUAUAUUAGGUGUAGUUUGUUUCUUCACUUUAGUUUUAUAUUUGGCCCAAAGUGGUUUGUGGUUGGAUCCACAGUCUGUCUGUGGCUUGGCUUCGAUGUUUUUGAUUGAACUUUGCCAUCUAUUUCUUAUUAACAUAUAAUAAAUUUGAUUUAUAGUUGCACCUGGUAGACUCUUCCAUGUCGAGAGGCGUCUGAAAUGAUGCUAAAAUAGGCGUUUGCGAUUGUAAGGUUAUUUCCAACGGCAAAGUUUAAUAGUCUCUCCUCUCUAAUUCUGAUUUCCUAAUCCGUGUCUUCCUCCAUUAGGUAUGUUUUCGAAUACCGUACUGCCAACUUUUGCGUUAAAGUGGCCCAAGAUUUGGCGUUCCAAAAUACUGUACAUCUCUUCUACGUCUUAAUUUGGUGAUUCGGUUGUGGGCAUACACUUGAAUUAUGUGAAGUCUAGUUGGAGUUGCGUUCAGUGUCAUGAUCAUUUGGUCACUCACAGGAUUAUACUCUAUUACAUAUUUGAAGAUGUUUCUGUACACAACCAAUGCAACGCUGCUCCGGCAAGUUUGUUCCUUAGCCAAGUCGAUAGAUUUGGCUACAAGGAAAAUAUAAUAGUUUUGGUUAGUUAAUACAUGGUCAUGAAUACGUCGAAAAAUUGAAUUGUUUUGAUUUCGAUUUUUAAAGAAAGUCGAAAAUGAAUAUAAAUAUUUAAUAUAUAUUUAAUUACUUUAUAUUUUGGGCGUUAUCCAGAGUUAUCCAUAGUUUAAGCGAAUAUGGAAAACCCGGAGGUAAAAUUUACCGCGACUUGUCUUGGGGGAGCAACAAUGUAGAAGAACUUGAAGAGUAAUAAAUAAUUCAAUCUAUAACACCUCUCGUGUAGUGGUAAUAACGACCCCCUUUUCCCGUUGUCAGUUCAUAUACAUGUGCAGCAAAUAUGUUUCUAUGGCAACUCCACUAAACUUGUGUCGUCAGGCAACACCGCAAACACUUUAACAUUUGUCGACAAUUAUUUCAAAUUAAAUCGAUAUUAAAGGAAAUAUGUUAAGUUUUCAAUUAAUGACUGAAAAAGAUCGAAAAGAGGCGGCGUAUAUUGAAAGAAAAAGAAUCCAAGAAGAGGAAAGGAGAAAAAGGAUAUUCAAUCCUAGAUUAAGAGUUAUAGGAAUCGACACUGAAGCAUUGCAGCGACAAGUUGAAGAGAAGAGAAAUGAAGAAGAAAAUCGUCGAAAAUUGGACAAGUUAUUCGAUGACCGUUUGAACCAAGCUGAUCAAUUGGCAUUGCAGUAUUCUCAAAAGCAAAAAAAUGAAGAAAGAAAACUGCAGCAGGAGAUCAACAAUUUUCGAAAAUACUGUCAGAGACCUGAAGAUAGACGCGAAUUCGAUUUGAAUGAUCCAGAGUGGAUAAAAAAACAAUUGCCCGCCCGCUUAGACGAUGAUGAUCCACGACUGGGACCAUCUUCUGCGCAAAAAUUUGAGGGCGAAGAUCUUAUCAGUGAACAAAGACUGAAACUUCAACGAGAACAAAACAAAGCGUGGCUUGAUCAGCAACUACUGGAGAAAAAUCAAGCGGAAAGGGACAGACAGCUAGCCGAAGAUGCCUACAGAGAGGCUGUUUCGACCCGAGAUCGGAGAGCAUCCGAUUUAGAAAAGCUUGAAAAGGAUUGUCGAAGAAAACUUGAGGAAGCAUGUAAGAGAUAUAACAAAGCCUUGGCGGAUGAACGGUUAAACGAAAAGAUGAACAAGGAACGGCAAAUUUUAGAGGAUAAUACCGCGGAAAUUUAUAAUAACUUAACCAGCGACUUGCUCACCGAAAAUCCGGACGUGAGUCAAAGUAACAUUGGUCUUGGGAGAAAAAUUGCUUAUUCUUACAAAGGCAUGUCCGAAGAAGAAAAGCAACAAAUUAGAAAGGAACAGCUGUGUCAAAUUGAAGAAUCCAAGAAAAGGAAGGAAUUGGAGUCGAAGAUGAACUCGGACUUUGACAAUUACAUCAACGGUAUUAACAGAUCGGUUCACCUGAUGAACAAAGAGCUGGAUAGAAAAAGGCGAGAGAAAAACAAACAACUAGCCGAAGAAAAUAGAAGACUGGCCGAGGAACAAAAGAAUCACAAACAAUAUUUAGAAAAAAUUGUUUACGCUAACCGAACUGCUCCGGAAUAUUUCCAACAAUUUAAUAAAUCUUCCAGAUAAUGUUUGUCAUAUUGAUUUUUUUUAUUCAUUUUAUUAAUUUAACUCCAUAUAGAAUUACGUACAACAUAGAAUAGAUAUGUUUCUCAAGUUCAUGUCAGUGAAUGUAUUCGUGUUGUUUUGCAAAAAAAUGACCAAUAACCGACGGUCCUAC